GUCAAGUCGAAGCGGGACUGCAUGGCCUGCGCUCAGACAGGUUCUGGAAAAACUGCAGCUUUCCUGCUGCCGAUUCUCAGCCAGAUCUUCAGCGAAGGACCAGGAGAAGCUCUGAACGCAGCUAAAGCAUCUGGACAGGACAAUGGAAAGUAUGGCCGUCGUAAGCACUUCCCCAUGUCACUGAUUUUGGCUCCGACCAGAGAACUGGCUCUGCAGAUAUACGACGAAGCCAGGAAGUUCUCCUACCGCUCGAGAGUGCGUCCCUGUGUUGUGUACGGAGGCGCGGACAUUGGUCAGCAGAUCAGAGAUCUGGAGCGAGGCUGUCACAUGCUGGUCGCUACGCCUGGUCGACUGGUGGAUAUGAUGGAGAGAGGCAAGAUCGGACUGGACUACUGCAAGUCUCAGAUAUGCACUGGUUUUGGAAACUUCUACACGAGCGAUGGCUACGGAGGAAACUACUCGCACCCUCAAGUGGACUGGUGGGGCAACUAG